CUUAGAUGUAUCGAAAUGAGCAGCUUUAUGACAGGAGAGACAUCCAAAUAUUGCUGAAGAAAAAAGCCAGUUCUAUAAACAUUAUUUUUUUAUUUUUCAAUUUAAAAAUUUGCUUAUUUGACCUUUCUACAAACAACUAUUCAGAACUAUGAUUAUAUUAUCUCUUUUCACCAAGUUUUUACUAUUUAUUACAUCUUUUUCUGUAAUAAUCUCCAGAACAAGACAGGAGACUUUCCAAAAUAGAUCUAAUCUUUUCAUCAAGCCUGAUCAGGGCAAAUUCUUUCUCAAUCCCGGAUAUUUGGAUGAUAGAAAUGAAGUCUUUAUCCUUGAGUCUUCUGGUCAAAAAUUUAAUGUGUCCAUAUUACCACUAAUACCCUCAGUAAUAAUCACCAGAAAUUUACAAGAAACUUCUGCAUCAGCUAUCAAAUCAAAAUACAGACAAACAACACUAAAGACAUCGUGCUUGAAGCUCUUAAGCCAAAAUCCAAUGUCAUAUUAUCAAAAAGCAAAACCAUCUUCUGGUUAUAAUCUUAAGGCGUUUUAUUAUAAUGCAAAGAAUUUUCUUCAACCUCAGAAAAACAAAAUUUUAAGAAAAAGAGCAGAUAAAGAUAAUAAAGUCAUCUUAACAAUAAGUUUUGGAGUUCCUAUAUCUACUAGCACAUUAAAAACAACAUCGAAAACAAUAUUAGGAACAACAACAAGCUCAUCUGAAAUAACAUUAUUGGAAAAUUUUUUAUUCUCAUCAGAAACAGCAGAAAUAACAGAACCUCAAUCAUAUACAUAUAUUAAUGAUAAUGAAGUUGCUUUAACAUUGGAUUUUGGAUUGCUUCCAUUAAAAACAUCCAUAAUAUUGUUCACAUCGGAUACUGUAUCUGAAUCAGCUAUUUCAAUCCAGUCUCCAGUUUCAACUUCAGCUUCUUCCAGAAAUGUUAUGAAUCAAGUUCUGGUCAUGUUUUCGGUUGCUGAUGGGCUGUUUAAUUCUGAUGAAAUGCUAUCAUCUUCUUUUUCCUCAUAUUCAUUAUCAAAUUCUGUUUAUUUGGUUCCAACGACCCAAAAUAGAAGCAGUGAUUCCAAGGAAACAUCGACUAUUACCAAUUUUAGUGAAACAAAAACGCUAUUUGCUGAACCAAGUUCUAGUAAAAGUUCACUGGAAACUUCUUUCCCAAAUGAAUCAUCACCAACAUCGUUUUUAUUAUCAUCUUCUUUAGAUGACUUUUCAUCUAGUGAAGCAUCCAAACCCAAUUCAUUGGCAGAUGAUGCUUCUACUUUUUCAAGCAUUUUAUUAUUGAGUUAUUGGAAUGCUUCUUCGACAUCAAGAAAUUCAAAAAGCAAUAUUGCUUCAUCGAUACAAACAGGUCUCCAAAGCUCAUUCAAAAAUCCUUUAAGUGUUACAAGCAUUGAAUCAUAUUCAGUUCCAUCAUCUUCAUCUUCAUCUUCAUCUUCAUCUUCACUUCUUUCUUCUCCUUCAAUUUCAUUGUUUAGUCCCAAUUUUAGUUCUAGCUUUAGUUCUAGUUUUAGUUCUAGUUUUAGUUCUUCUGUUUUUUCAAAAACCAGUGAAUAUGUUAUUGAAACUGCAACCUCGGAAUCAGUUGAAAGCUCUGGAUCUAUUUUUAGUAAUAUCUCUACUGUUAAUCCCAAAAACAUGUUUUCAGAUCAUGAUAUUUCAUCAUCUUUAAAAUUUCCAGAUGGCAUUGAUUUUACUGAUAAAUUUCAAACAAAUAAAUUUUACACUAAUUUAUUAUUAGAUGAUCAAACCGGAAUGAUAUGGAGUUAUCCAUAUGGGAUGUGGUAUCAUACUUCAUUUUCACCAUAUGGCUGGGGAAUUUCGAGUUUAAGUCAGGAAGAUGUUGUUUUCAAUUUUGAUGAAAAUACAGGAAAUUCCUCAGCAGCUAAAAGUAUGGGUUAUCCAACAUAUGUUGGAUCAUUUAUCUUCUCAUCAACAGAAUUUAAAGAUAACCAGCCAUCAAUAGAGAUAUCUGAACAAAGACAUAUGUCAGUUAAUGUUAAAUUAAGACCAGAACUUGACAAUUCAAAUUACAUUGAGAUUCCUAUUGUUGAAGGAAUGGGAUUUGUUAGUAGUGUUUAUCAUGGUUCUUUAUUGGUACCAGUUCUUGGAUCAAGUGUAUCAUUUUCAUCUAUUAAUCGAGAUAUCGAUUUUAAUUCUAAUUCUAAUUCUAAUUCGAUUCAAAAAUAUAGAGUCUUAUUGGCGAAUUCAGCGACUUGGUUAGUAUAUGUCAGUGGAAUAUCUAGAGAUGAAAUGGAUAUUUUCAAUUUGACGAUGGUAGUAGAUAGUUCUACGACAAUUGUAGGCUCGAAAGCUAUUGAUGGACUAGUUAUUCAGGUUGCCACUUCACCGGAUGAUUUGGGUAAAGAAGAGUAUUAUGAUAAAGCAGCUGGGAUAUAUGUGACUAAAACAACAUUAGUUGGUGAGAUGUUGAGCGAAGAAACCAGUAAAUAUGGGUUCAAAUACGAGACAGAGAUGGUUACUGGAUCUAAUGAUAAUUUGAAACCCUUAGUUUUUGCAUUUCAACAUCAUAUUGAUGCCAUGAGUGCUGAUACUCUUUCAAGCAGUACCAACAUUCGAUUAUCAUCAACAACGAAGGGAUAUAUGACAGGAUUUUUGACAGAUGAAUUGUAUAUGGAAGAAAAAUUAUAUUCGGGUAUAAAAUUUCUACCUGUAAAUUCUGAGUAUAUAACUGAAGAAGAAAUUAAUUACUCAGAAGAACAAAUAGAGUUAUUACAAAAGACAGCAGAAAACGAGAUUAUGAGUGUUGUUGGUAAUAUGAAAAAUCUAAUUAGUGGAACAGACACAUAUAGCUCAGGUAAAAUCAUCGAUAAAUAUGCGUAUAUUUUGAUCGUUACACAUAUGAUAUUGAAAAAUGAUACAUUAACCAAGAUACUUUUAAAUGAGAUCAAAGAAGCAUUUCAGUUAUUUACAAGCAAUUCGCAACAUUAUCCACUCAGUUAUAUUGAGGAUAUUGGGGGAAUAGCGAUAACUGGAAGCAGCUCUGAAGAUUAUGGGAAUUCAUAUUUUAAUGAUCAUCAUUUUCAUUAUGGGUAUUUCAUUCAUGCAGCAGCAGUUGUUGGGAAAGUUGACUUAGAGAUAAAUGAUGAGAAAGAAGAAAAAGAAGAUACAGAGAAAAAAAGCUGGAUCGAUGAAAACAAAGAUUGGGUUAAUUAUUUGAUUCGAGAUGUAGCUAAUCCCACUGAGAAAGACGAAUAUUUCCCAGUUUAUAGGUGCUUUGAUUGGUUCCAUGGGCAUUCCUGGGCCAGUGGGUUAUUUAGCUCAGGAGAUGGGCGCAAUCAGGAAUCAUCAUCAGAAGACUAUAACUUUGCAUAUGGAAUGAAGCUAUGGGGGAUGGUUGUAGAAGAUGAGCAAAUGGAGAAACGAGGAGACUUGAUGAUAUCAAUAAUGAAGAGAACAAUAAACCAUUAUUAUUUAUAUUCUUCAGAUAAUGCAGUGAUCCCUAGUGAGUUUGUUGGAAAUAUUGUUCCAGGAAUAUUAUUUGAGAACAAACUUGAUCAUGUAACCUUUUUUGGGACAGACAUUUCAUAUAUUAAUGGAAUUCAAAUGAUACCCAUCACACCUAUUUCAUCAUUGAUUAGGGGGAAAGAAUUUAGUAAAUAUGAAUGGGAGAGGUUAUUAGAAAACAUUGUUGACGAUUUGGACAGUGGAUGGAGAGGAAUAUUGAAGUUAAAUCAAGCGUUGUUUGAUGCUAAAAGUUCGUUUGAAUUUUUUUCAGAGGAUGAAUUUGAUAUUAAAUUUCUCGAUAAUGGACAGAGUUUAACAUGGAGUUUGGCCUUCAGUGGAGGAUUAAUGAAUUUGUAAAAGAUGUUUCAUAAAAGUUACUUUAUAAAAGUUGAGUCAUAACAAUUGUGGUUAUAAUAAUAUUAUAACUAAUAUUGUAUUAUAUUUUAUUAAGCUAUACUAUACUAUAUUAUGUCAAACUACGGAGUAAGAUUUG